GGAUUCAGCCCUUUGAAAUUUGGACUUUUCAAUGGGUUUUUUUUUGGAUUGAAGAAUCAGCGGCCCAACUUAAAACAAUUCUGAACAAGAUCUUACGCGCGAUUUCGGUCAAAUUUUGAAUCAAGCAUAGCUUAUAAGUACUUGCUUCUUAUCCAGAUCAAGGCCAAAGAGCUCGCACUUCCAGCUUUCUCUGCAAACAUCAUACUUGGAAUUCAACAGAGUUGCAAUUCAAUCUUUUUCCUUAAAGCCUCUCUCUCUCUCUCUCUCUCUCUCUCUCUCUCUCUCUCUCUCUCUCUCUCUCUCCAGUAACAUGAUCAUGUCCAUGGAAAGGACGAGGAGCUUGCCACUUCAACCUCCGACUUAUGGAAACCUCAUUACGAUUCUCAGUAUUGAUGGUGGAGGGAUAAGAGGGCUUAUCCCAGGAACCAUCCUCGCUUUCUUAGAGUCUGAACUUCAGAAACUAGAUGGUGAAGAUGCAAGAAUCGCAGAUUAUUUUGAUGUUGUUGCUGGAACAAGCACUGGUGGUCUCGUCACGGCCAUGUUAACCACCCCGGAUGAAAACAAUCGCCCCUUGUUCGCUGCGAAAGACAUUAAGGAUUUUUACCUUAAUAAUUGCCCUAAAAUCUUUCCUCAAGACAGUUGUCCUUUCGCGCCAGCUACGAAGAUGAUUAAAGCUGUGACUGGCCCAAAAUACGAUGGAAAAUACCUGCAUAAGCUCGUGAAAGAGAAGCUCGGGAGCACAAGAUUGCACCAGACAUUGACUAACAUUGUUAUCCCAACGUUCGACAUCAAGCGUCUUCAGCCAACGAUCUUUUCUAGCUACGAGGUGAAGAAAACGCCGACCAUAAAUGCCUUGCUCUCGGACAUAUGCAUCUCGACCUCAGCAGCACCAACUUAUCUCCCGGCUCAUUAUUUCGAAACCCAAGACUCCACAGGAAAACUGAGAGAAUUCAACCUCAUAGAUGGUGGCGUAGCCGCAAACAAUCCGACGUUAGUCGCAAUGGGCGAAGUGAUGAAGGCAAUCAUGGGAGGAAGCUCGGAUUUCUUCCCUAUAAAGCCGAUGGAUUACAGAAGAUUUCUGGUGAUAUCACUCGGGACGGGUUCACAAAAAUCAGAAGGGAAGUACGAUGCAAGUGAAGCGGCCAAAUGGGGAGUGUUGAGCUGGUUGAGCUGCAACGGCGGGAACCCGUUGAUCGAUGUGUUCAUGCAAGCAAGUGCCGAUAUGGUCGACUUCCACCUCUCCGCAGCCUUCCAGGCCCUGCACCUUGAAGCCAACUACCUCCGGAUUCAGGACGACAACUUAAGUGGGGUCGUGGCAUCUGUGGAUAUCGCGACGAAGAAGAACUUGACCGACUUAGUCAGAACCGGUGAAGCACUAUUGAAGAAGCCGGUUUCAAAGGUAGACCUGGAGACGGGUGGAUGCAAGGCGUGUAACACGGAGACUAAUGAAGAGGCUCUCAGAAGGUUUGCAAAAAUGCUCUCGAACGAGAGACAACUUCGUCUUCUUAGGUCGCCUCAUGGACAUAACUCCGCAAAUUUGAAGCGAUCUAAUCUGCACAGUCAACAGACGGCAAUUUGUGAAGAUUGAAUCUUAGGGGAUAACUCAUUUAUUCUUUGAUUGUUUCAUUCUUUCCAUUCUUCUUGAAUGAAAUUCCAAGCGCCAAUUUUCGCAUUGGGUUAAAAUUGAUCUAAUUCUCCUUGAUGAUUAGUUUUGUAUGAAUUAACUGGUGCGAUAGGUUGUGAACACCAUCUAUGUGAAUAAUAAAACCUCAUUAUUAUGGGCUGUGGCUGGAAAAUCUAGGCAUAACUUGCCUAUAUAAAACAUGGUUUUUGAAUUUUGUAUUUUUUUAUAUGAAAAGUUUAGGAGGAGGGGAGGUUAUCCCGUGCAAAGGUCACGGCAUAUCACAGGCCUAUAAGAUCUUCUAGUGGAUUUACAGAUCGCCUACCAAAGGGCAGCAGGAUUCGAAUCUGGACAUGGUGUGCGGAGAGUUCGAACAUUACCAGUAGAGCCAACCCACUUUGGCAUGGUUUUUGAAUUCUAUAAUCACACUAACACAUU